CCCUGCUCCGUUUACUAAGCGCGCUGGCUCAGGUGCCUGAGCCUGACUUCCCGAGGCCGGCGUCACGAUUUGUUGUGCUCGCUUGAGGACCCCAUCACCAGGGGUCAACGCGGGUUUUUCCUUCUGUCACGCUCGCCUUCAAUUCCUGCAUGAAACCUGAUGGCGCACGCUCGCGGGUGCAAGCGCAACUUCGCCAGCUGGCGGAGGUACAAGCAUUGUCACAGCAGCCCUUCCGACACCCCUCGAGCUCGCCAUCGCUAGAAAAGGUGAUGCGAGUCUCGUUCGGGAAGCGUUGUAGCGGUGCCGCGGCGCAACUCUGCCCCCCUGGCAUGAUGCGCGUCGGGUUCGCCCGAGGGCCUGCCGCGCUCAGGCCCCGCCCCAGGCUCCAUGUUGCCGCUGGUUCAUUCGCGGGUACGGGGGCGGCCGCGCGAGGGCAGCUAGUCGCGACCGAAGCAGGGUUGCGGCAGGUCUUGUCUCCUGCAAUUUGCUCUGGGACUUCGUUAGAUACGACGAGGUUCUUCCAUCUCGCCAUCAGCCGCGCGGCGACCAAGGCGCAUUCGUCAACCGGAGAUUUCGCGCUGCGGUCGAUGACUUAUUCGGCGGCCGCUGCAGCGUCAGGAGCGGUGGAAGAACGCAGCUCAGCCUGUGCCGCGAGCCGGAUGAAUGCCAUCUCCUCGCUCGACCAGAUCAGCUGGCCCCCGUCUCACCGACGGCAAUAAGCUGCAGAUCGACGGUGGCAGUACCUCGUCGGUCGAAGCCUCUGCCAGAAAGACUGGCCGCAGGCGCUCGAGCGUCGGAGACGGCCCCCGACGCAGGCGUCGCCCCCCUCGGCCGACAUGGUCGCGCUGAUGUGCAUUUUGGCCACGCGCGGUGGGGGUGCAAAUCCAGGCGCGCUCAGGCAUCGAACUCUCGGGUCCUGCG